CAUGGCCGACGAGGCAGCGGAGGUAAACACAGCCGUAGAGGAGGAGACGCUACAACCGCGCGAUGAGCCCGAAGUACCGGAAGCCGCGAGCGGCGACGAGUCCGGUGGCAGCGACGAGCGGGACCGGGCGGAGCCGCCGGCCGCGGCACCGGCGGCAGGGAGCAGCUGGUCGGCUCCCAUCUUGUCUCUGGCUCGGAAGGCCACGGAAACGAUCAGCAGCGGGGUGAGCUACGCCGCCCAGAGGCGCCCCUCACACGGGUCCACCGCCCCGACGGACCGGGAGUCCGGACCGGAGCUCCACGCGGCGACGGCGCUCCCAGCCCCGCCCCCCAGGGACCCGAUGGCCAUCGAGAGAUCCAACCUGCUCAGCAUGAUGAAGCUGAGCAUCAAGGUGUUGAUCCAGUCCUCGUUGAGCCUGGGCCGGACCCUGGACUCGGACUACCCCCCUCUGCAGCAGUUCUUCAUCGUCCUGGAGCAUUGCCUGAAACACGGGCUGAAAGCAAAGAAAUCCUUCAUCGGUCAGAACAAGUCCAUCUGGGGCCCGCUGGAGCUGGUGGAGAGGUUGUGUCCCGAGUCCGUGAACAUCGCCACGAGCGCCAGAGACCUGCCGGGCAUCAGGACCGGCCUGGGCCGAGGACGGGCCUGGCUGCAUCUGGCGCUCAUGCAGAAGACGAUGGCCGACUACAUGACGGCUCUGCUGGACCGCAGAGGCCUCCUGAGCGAGUUCUACGAGUCCGGAGCGUUGAUGCUGGAGGAGGAGGGCGCGGUGCUGGGGGGCCUCCUGGUGGGCCUCAACGUCAUCGACGCCAACCUCUGCAUCAAAGGGGAGGAUCUGGAUUCUCAGGUGGGAGUCAUCGACUUCUCCCUGUACCUGAAGGACCCCGCCAAGAGCGAGACGCCAAAAAAUGACGCCAAGAUGACGGCCAUCUUGGAUCAGAAGCACUACAUCGAAGAGUUAAACCGUCACCUGAGCGGCACCGUCACCGACCUGCAGGCCAAGGUGGACGCCAUCGAGAAGACCAACAGGAAACUGCUAGAGGAGCUGACGGCGGCGACCGACAGAAUCAACUCUCUGAGGGAAGAACGGCAACAUCUCAGGAAGGAGAACGAGACGAUCUUACAGUCCAGCCAGAAGAAGGAAGAGGCAGCGCUUCAGGACAGCCAGGUGGAGCUGGAGACGUACAAGCAGACCCGACAGGGCCUGGACCAGAUGUACAACGUGGCCUGGAAGCAGUUCAAGGAGGAGAGGCGCAUUCGCCAGGAGCUGGAGCGAGAGCUGGAGCUGCAGGUGGGCCUGAAGCAGGAGAUGGAGGUGGCCAUGCGGCUGCUGGAGAAGGACACGCACGAGAAGCAGGACACGCUGGCCGCCCUGAGGCUGCAGCUGGGCCAGGUGAAGACCCUCAACCUGCAGAUGUUCCACAAAGCUCAGGACUGGGAGCGCGUGGCGGGCGAGAAGCAGAGCGAGGCGGUGCAGCUGGAGCAGAAGAUGGACGACAUGGAGAGAGCCACGGCGGAGCUGGAGCGCAGGCUGCAGAACUCUGAGCGGGAGCGUCAACACAGCGACCGGUCGGACCGAGAGCUGAGGGCGGAGCUGCAGGGGACGGUGGACGCUCUGCAGAAGCAGCUGACUGACCUGGACACACAAAGGCUGGGUCUGGAGGGCGAGCUGCGCUCCGAGCGGGAGCAGCGGCAGAGCCUGCAGAGGGCGCUGCUGCAGGAGCAGGACAACAGCACCGAGCUGCGCACGCAGCUGCAGCAGCUGCAGGGCCUCCACGCGGUCAGCCCCUCACGCCGCCGGGAGCUGCAGGACCUGAAGCAUGAGAAGCGGCAGCUGCAGCAGACGUGUGGGCAGCAGGAGCAGGCGCUGCAGGAGAUGGGGCAUCACCUCAGCCAGUCUAAACUCAAGAUGGAGGACUUCAAGGAGGUCAACAAAGCUCUGAAGGGCCACGCCUGGCUGAAGGACGACGAGGCCACCCAGUGCAAGCAGUGCGAGAAGGAGUUCUCCAUCGCACGCAGGAAGCACCACUGUCGAAACUGUGGCGACAUCUACUGCAACUUCUGCUCCAGUAACGAGCUGGCCCUGCCGUCAUACCCCCGGCCGGUGAGGGUGUGUGACGUGUGCCACGGCCUCCUGCUGCACAGGAGCUCCACCACCACGGCCUCCUGACGGAGGAGCUCCACCACCACGGCCUCCUGACGGAGGAGCUCCACCACCACCACGGCCUCCUGACGGAGGAGCUCCACCACCACGGCCUCACGAUGGAGGAGCUCCACCGCCACGGCCUCACGAUGGAGGAGCUCCACCGCCACGGCCUCACGAUGGAGGAGCUCCACCGCCACGGCCUCACGAUGGAGGAGCUCCACCGCCACGGCCUCACGAUGGAGGAGCUCCACCGCCACGGCCUCACGAUGGAGGAGCUCCACCGCCACGGCCUCACGAUGGAGGAGCUCCACCGCCACGGCCUCACGAUGGAGGAGCUCCACCGCCACGGCCUCACGAUGGAGGAGCUCCACCGCCACGGCCUCACGAUGGAGGAGCUCCACCGCCACGGCCUCACGAUGGAGGAGCUCCACCACCACGGCCUCCUGCUGCACAGGAGCUCCACCGCCACGGCCUCACGAUGGAGGAGCUCCACCACCACGGCCUCCUGACGGAGGAGCUCCACCGCCACGGCCUCCUGACGGAGGAGCUCCACCACCACGGCCUCCUGCUGCACAGGAGCUCCACCGCCACGGCCUCACGAUGGAGGAGCUCCACCACGGCCUCCUGCUGCACAGGAGCUCCACCGCCACGGCCUCACGAUGGAGGAGCUCCACCGCCACGGCCUCCUGACGGAGGAGCUCCACCGCCACGGCCUCCUGACGGAGGAGCUCCACCGCCACGGCCUCACGAUGGAGGCGCUCCACCACCACGGCCUCCUGCUGCACAGGAGCUCCACCGCCACGGCCUCACGAUGGAGGAGCUCCACCGCCACGGCCUCACGAUGGAGGACCUCCACCGCCACGGCCUCACGAUGGAGGAGCUCCACCGCCACGGCCUCACGAUGGAGGAGCUCCACCGCCACAGCCUCACGAUGGAGGAGCUCCACCACCACGGCCUCCUGACGGAGGAGCUCCACCGCCACGGCCUCCUGACGGAGGAGCUCCACCGCCACGGCCUCACGACGGAGGCGCUCCACCACCACGGCCUCCUGCUGCACAGGAGCUCCACCGCCACGGCCUCACGAUGGAGGCGCUCCACCACCACGGCCUCCUGCUGCACAGGAGCUCCACGGCCUCCUGACGGAGGAGCUCCACCGCCACGGCCUCCUGACGGAGGAGCUCCACCGCCACGGCCUCCUGACGGAGGAGCUCCACCGCCACGGCCUCCUGACGGAGGAGCUCCACCGCCACGGCCUCCUGACGGAGGAGCUCCACCGCCACGGCCUCCUGCUGCGGAGGAGCUCCACCGCCACGGCCUCCUGCUGCGGAGGAGCUCCACCACCACACGAUGAUUUUAUACGGGUGUUUGAAGAAUGUCAUCAAAUCUGAGAUGUGAUUUGGUGGUCCAUUUCCACUGUUGCCUGAAAUUCAGGAGAAGUAAUUAAUCUGUAUUAAACCCUUUUAACUGACCGGAUGAGCGAACAUUUAUGGAGACUUGUUUACUUAAAAUGUAGGAUGAGAUUAAUUUCUUUGGAAUUUGAUUUAACUGAACCUUAGUUACAUUCAGGAUCAUCAGUGUACUUCUUUAUUCUAUCUUUUUACAGCUAUGGAUCACUGCUACAUGCAAACUCAUUGUAUGAUGAGAAUGUUGAAUCUAUUUUAGAAUGUAUUACCUGGUUUUGUAGAUUGUGUAACUGCUACAAAGCCAUCUUGAUUAAUUUGGUGAUGAAUGUUUUGUAUACGUAUUUGAUAAAUGAAAUAAAGACUCCUUUUUUGCAACGCUCAAUUCAA